AUGGCCCAUCAAGCACAUGCGUACCACAUAGUAGAUCCGAGCCCCUGACCCCUAACAGGUGCAAUCGCAGCCCUUUUAAUAACUUCAGGGUUAGCUAUUUGAUUCCACUCUAAUUCGACUGUUUUGAUAACAAUUGGAUUAAUUUUACUGCUUUUAACAAUAAUUCAAUGAUGACGGGAUAUUAUCCGAGAAGGAACAUUCCAAGGACAUCACACCCCACCAGUUCAAAAGGGGUUACGUUAUGGUAUAAUCCUGUUCAUCACCUCAGAAGUUUUCUUCUUCCUAGGAUUCUUCUGAGCUUUUUACCACUCUAGCCUAGCUCCAACCCCAGAAUUAGGAGGUUGCUGACCCCCCUCUGGAGUAAUUACACUUGAUCCUUUCGAAGUACCCCUUCUUAACACAGCAGUCCUACUCGCCUCUGGUGUUACAGUAACCUGAGCUCAUCAUAGUAUUAUAGAAGGGGAGCGAAAACAAGCUAUCCACUCACUUACCUUAACUAUUCUUCUAGGGUUUUAUUUCACAUUCCUUCAAGCAAUGGAAUAUUAUGAAGCCCCCUUCACUAUUGCUGAUGGUGUUUACGGAUCAACCUUUUUUGUAGCAACAGGAUUCCAUGGAUUACAUGUUAUCAUUGGAUCAACAUUCCUAGCAGUUUGCCUAAUUCGACAAAUUCAAUACCAUUUUACAUCAGAACAUCACUUUGGAUUUGAAGCCGCCGCAUGAUACUGACAUUUUGUCGAUGUUGUAUGACUAUUCCUUUAUGUCUCAAUUUAUUGAUGAGGAUCUU